AUGGACGGACCACAUCAUAAUAGUGUUAACCCGCUCUAUGUUGGGAUUCUUGGGGUCAUUUCGGGUUCGAUUCUAGUGGCUUUUAUCCACUGCAUAGUCGUUAAUUGUCGCCAUAGGAGUCUUGAAACCACCACUUCGCCACCUAGACCACCUGAAAUGCACCGACGUCCAAGGGUCCGGGUUGACCGUGACUUCACCGCCCGCUUGUCAUUCCCUAGUACUAGUAGUGGCUCGAGCUCAAGUGGGAGGUCGUCAAUCAUGUUAACCGUUCAUAAGUACUCCAAAGAGUUUAAAGAAGGGACGUGUGUGGUGUGUUUGGGCAAAUUUGAAGAAAACGAGGAGGUUAGAAUAAUGCCGGAAUGUGCACAUGUUUUUCACGUGUCGUGUAUUGAUAUGUGGCUUUUUUCGCACACUAAUUGCCCUCUUUGUCGGGCUAAUGCUACUCCUCGGACGCAAGAUGUUCUUUUAUCAAUCAUGAAUUCUACGACCGUCGUUUAA